CAUCACGUUUUUUCGUUUUUUGAUCAAAAAUUAUGUAUUAAUAUAGAUUCAUACAACUUUUCAAACUCGCAGCAUUGCCUGAAUUUAAAUGAAAGUAAUUUUUAAAACCUCUAUUUCCUGUCUUCAUUCUUUUAUCUGAGAUUCUAAUACAAUCUUCUGUAAUGAAUGUCUUUAAACUUUAAAAGUAUUCGUAAAAAAUCAUGACUAAUUUAAAAUCAAUAAUAAUUUUGGUUUUUCUCAGUAUUUUCUUUCAAGACUCUUUUGGAGACAGAACAAGUCUUAAAAUAUAUGAGAAUAUUCAAAGUGAUAUAUUUUGUUUUCGACGUUUGAAUGCCACUCAUCAAAUUGGCUGUGCAUCCCAUAGAAAUGGAAAUGUUGGUGUCCUCUAUCUUUUGGAAACUAAAGAAGAUAUUGAUAAAAUUAGCUUAGAACCACCUCCUAUGCCAUUUAUCGUUGCCAUGCCUUUUACAUUAUUCAACAUGAAAAACAUGCAAGAGUUGAAACAAUCAGAAAACAUAAGGGGAGCUUUCAUAUUUAAACCUGAUCACAUUGUUAAAGAAAUAAAGAAUUUUUCCCCUGAUCAGUCUUGCCCUAACAGAAACUAUGGGUUUUAUACUGAAUCUAUGAAUAAGGAAUAUGCGGCAUGCAAAAAGAAAGAAUGGAACAAUCUUCCUGAAAAUAAAGCUAUGGGGAUGAUGUUUGAAGAUUGGCGAAUGCCAAUAUUUGUCAUUACCAACAAUGAAUCUAUAACGAGCAUUGAAAAUUGUUACAAAAAGUUCAACAAUGGUUCUACAAAAAGUUGGCCAUUGUGUUCUGUGCAAAUGACCAGUGUUAUGUUGGCUGCCAAAGAUAGUGAAACUUGCAUGCGACGUAAUAAUCUCAUCGCUAACUUGAAUGAAGUAAAAACUUGUGAUCCUCUUAGUGAUAAGAAUGUGGUGAAUACCUUGUUUCCAACUAAUAAAAGUGAAGAAAUACGAAAUGAUUCUGUGAUUAUUGUUGGAGCUCGAUUGGAUUCAUUUUCAAUGUUUGAUAAACUUGCCCCAGGAGCUCAUUCAACAGUUACAGGCCUAGUAACUUUAUUAGCUGUUGCCAAAAAUAUGGAAUCUUUAAAGAGUGAAAUAGAACUUGCACUUAAAGGAAAAGUGGAGAAAAACAUCUUGUUUAUUAUUUUUAAUGGCGAAGCUUUUGAUUACAUUGGUUCCAGCCGUGUGGUGUUUGAUAUGCAGAAAGAUCAAUUUCCAGUUCGUAUAUUAGGUGGCAUAAGAGACCAGCCGGCUCUCAUAAAUCUUCAGCAUAUAUCUCAUUUUAUUGAACUGAGUCAACUGGCGCCUGUGACGCCUGAAAGUCUGCCUAUUCUCUGGUUGCAUACUGAUCCUGUCUCAAUGAAUCAGAGUGUUAAUGUCUCAGAUGAAGUGAAACAUUUAAUUCAGCUUAUUAAAGCAGAAUCAAAAAGGGUUGGAAAUAUUGAAGUAUCAGAAGCUCCCUCAGAUUUGCCUCUUCCCCCAGCAUCGUUUCAGAGCUUCUUACGAAAAGAUAAUUCCAUUCCAGGAUUGGUGGUUGCUGAUCAUGACAAUGAGUUUAUUAAUAAAUAUUACAACAGCAUACUUGACUCUAAUGAAACCCUGAACCGUGAAGAACUAGUACCAGUUUUGAGUAAUACUGCUUCAAUUAUAUCUGGAACAUUGUAUCAACUUCUUACUGGAAAACAAUUGGACAAACCUGUGGAGACAUCUGAAGAUCUGGUAUCUGGUUUGUUAGAAUGUUAUAUACAAAAUGCUUCAUGCUCUUUAUUUCAACAAAUUGCUGAUCCAUUAAUGACUGAAAGAUUGCGGGUUGAACCAUAUCCCUUGUAUGUAAGUGUCGAUAGUGGUGGACACACAAAAGCUAAUGCCAUCACUUUAUAUACAAGAUACUUGCUAGCUUAUCUGACAGGCAGUGAUGAGUUAGAUAAGGACAGAAAAACAUGCACAAGUUCUCCUCAAGAUCAGAUAUAUCACUAUGAUUGGAUGGCUGGAAAUGGGAGUGGUAUCUGUAAGAAGUCAACUGUGAUGUACACUAUUGCUCAGUCUCCUGCUUUUGUUUUAAAUGAAUGGAAAUCUACAGAAUAUUCAACCUGGACAGAAAGUGUCUGGUUAGAAACGUCUGCUCGGAUAUUCCUCCAGCCUGGAAAAGCCCAAGAACUAGUCACGCUUUUCAGUGGUUUUAUCAUAUUCUUCAUAUCUAUAGGCACAGUUUACUUUUUCAAUGAACGUUCUUCUAUUAUUUUUAACACCAAGCCCUUAGUUGGUUGCUAGGAAUACGCCACAAAUCACAUAGCUUUGGAUGAAUUCAACGGGGAUAACGAUUCUACUUAUCCUCUUCCAACGGAUCUCUGAGUUGUUAGAAAUCUGUUGUGAAACAAUUUAGUACCUUUGUGAACUUAGUAAAUAAAACUCAUUUAUUAUAUUGCAA